AUGGCCACACUUCCGUCGAUCCAGCAACUGAACCACGAAACGUCGGAAAACUUUAUCGAAGUCGUCAACACUUUAUUCGAGACCGCUCCUCCCUUGGCCGAUCGUCUCUUGGCCGCUCGUCCUUUCCAAUCGUACUUCCAACUCAUCGAUUACGCUCAAAAGAUCUGUCUCAGCAACGAACUUAGCUACAAUGAUAAACUCGACAUCAUUAACGCCCAUCCCCGUAUUGGUGCCGGUAAAGCCAACUUGUCCGCCGCUUCCCUCAAGGAACAGGGCUACAACACCCGCCAAGGUGCUCUUUCCAAGGAAGACGAAGCCAUCAACGAAAAGCUCGCUCAAGUGAACAAGCAAUACGAGGAUAAAUAUGGCCAUAAAUUCGUCGUGUUUGUUGCUGGUCGUCCCCGCGCUGCCAUCAUUCCUCUUAUUGAGGAACGUAUUGCUGCCAACAACCCUGAGCAGGAGAUGAAGACGGGCAUGGUCGACAUGAUGCGUAUUGCUCGCGACCGUUUGAUCAAGGCUUCCGUAAACAGCAAAUUGUAA